AUGUCCAGCAUACGCGAUAAGCGCAAACAACCCAGUUCUCAUACUGGCGGGAUCCCCUACGCAAAGCGAUCCCGUCCUUCUUACGCAGAAGACGACGAUGAAGACGAGAUGGCACCAACCGUAACUCCGUACGAACGUCCUCGGAACCACCCGAUCUACGGACAGAAGAGCGCUUUUCCCGGUCUCGACACAGCCGGCGACGAUGAACUAUUCUACGGUCCAGCAGAGGACGGCUUGGAAUAUCUUCGCAUGGUCCGGUCAGAGGCGAAUUCACUACCCUUUCUGUUUACCGCGCCUCAACCUACAGAUCCGCCCGUCGAGGAGACCAAGCAAAGUGAAACCGAACAGGACCUAAACGAACCUCAGCCCGAAGAAGAGAAGAAGAAAACAGAUAUCGCCCAGGAAGGUUUCUACGCGGAUGGGGUAUACGUCGCGGCUCCCCUAACUACCUCGAAGACACAACCAGAUACCACCGAACCAGCACAAUCGGAUGCGCAAUCGAGCUAUUACAAUCUUCUACACCACCGCUUCUUGCUCCUCCGGUCUAUAUUAAAAUGCACGCCACCGUCGACCGCUAUAGCGGCACUGGACGAGUCGCAUCCGAUAAGUCUGCCGCGACGCUCGAGAGAUGCGCGCAAGGAGUGGCGACGUCUCCUGUUGGCGGUGGACCCGCAGACGGUGCAGUUAGCGUGCAUGGACAUGGAUAGUGUGCUGGGGGUGCUGGAAGUUAUGGCGAAGCUGAUGUCGGAGAAUAUACGGAGUGGAGAUGCGGAGCGUGUUCGACGGAUCGGUGCUUGGGCUUGGGGUCUACUGGGCAAGUGUCGCGAUGUCGGACAGUUGGCGUCUGAGGAGGUGGGUGAGAUUCGGGACUUGGGGAAACGUGCUGCGAAGAUCUUGCGGAAAAUGCGGGAGGAGGAUGAGAAGAAGCGCUCGGCUGAGGCGGAUGGGAAUGUGUCGAGUGGAGAGUCGGAUGAUGAGAAUCCAGCUGAUGACCAGCCUCGUGUGGAGGAGGAAACGAAGGAGAAUGCGGAGGCGCCCAGUGAUCCUGCUGGAGAAGCUCUCGACCACGACAUGCCAGACGCGGAACAAGAGCCUCCUGCCGAAGAGCUAGAAAUGGCUAAAGCAAGGCUACAGGCUAAGAUUGAGCAAGGCGAUGGAUCUAAAUCGACCGAACCCGAGGCUCAGGAGGAUGAGUCCAAGACUGAGGUUAAUGCCGUCGAAGUCGUCAUGCAAACCCGGGCCAUGCUGGAUAUGAUUAUUACGGUUGUCGGAGAGUACUAUGGCCAGCGUGAUUUACUAUCGGACCGAGAACCGUGGAACGAGUCGACGACUUUGUUUUAA